GCCGCGACCCCGGAGGCGGAGGAGCUCGCACCGCAGUGGGUGUGUGCCCCUGAAGCUAACAGCUCCUGCACCCCUUCACAUGGACCCGGGUGGAAGUGAACUGGACUCGAGCCUGCCUCAGCCUGAGAACCCGUGUCUGAUCGUGGAGGACUCCCAGCCAGAUAGCGUUGCUCUGGAGGACGACCCGGAGAGCAGCUACCGGGCUCUGCUGGCCCGCCGCCUGUCCAGCCUGCAGCCCGCCGCCCGCAGCCCGGUGCUGGUAGGACCCCCCACAUCCUCCGGUGGCUCAGAUCAGGGUUUGGAUCAGGAGCUGAUUUCAUCUCCUGUUGGCAGCCGAUGUUCUCAGACCGACAGCCAAUCAGAGAGCUCCCACAACAACAACAACAGCCAGCCUGAACCAGACGUCCUCACUUCAGCCAAUCAGAGCUCUGGAUUCCAGGAAGAGAGGCCAGUUCUGAACACAGUCCUGCCCCCCAACAGUAAGAGGUGUUCAGCUGAGGACGACAUGGAUUCAGGAGCUGAUUCGACCACAUACGGUGUCCACACUGAAGAGGGGACGUCCCAGUUGGGUUUACUGGAGCUCUCCCAGAGCCAGGACCAGGACCUGAGAGGAGAACAGGACCAACCAGCAGCAGAGCAGAACAUCAGAUCUGGGUCAUCUCAGAGUCAGGACCACAGAACAUUCCGGUCUGAGGUCAGCUCCAGCUCCUCUGAACCUGGGUCAGGCCGACGACUGACUGUCCAGGACCUGCUACAUUCACAGAACCAGGACCAGCAGGACUCAGACAUCCUGUCAUCACAGGAAGACCUGUUCGGCGCUGAGAAGACGGGUGCUGGUGUGGACAGUACGGUGUCUGAGCCACAGCAGAAGGGCCAGCCUGCCCCUGGCCCCACCCCCAGUCCCACCCACACCCCGGCCCACACCUUACAUCUGCUGCACCUGUCGGGUCAGGGGACGCUGGUCCAACAGAGUCUGUCCCAGAGUUCUGUCGACUUCGUGGCUCCGACUCCAGAGAACUUCUCAAACACACCUCUAAUCGUUCCCAGUUCUCCGACUGGAGCGCCGGACAGACACGGUAACACAAAAGCUGCUGAACCCAUGGACACUUCGCUGCCACCAGACGAGAAGGAUGAUGAGCCAAUGGAAACAAGCGCCUACUCUAAGCCCCUCCCAUCUGCCUCUACUCCCCUGUCCCAGAAUUCCCCUGGUUUUGUGCUGGAGCGCCCUCUUUCUGUUCCGUCACAGCCGGAUUUAUCUCAUGACGUGUUUGUUGUGACGCAGAGUUCAGAAGUUCCUCAGAUGUCUCAGAACAACAACCAACCAGGUCCACCGGAGUCGUCUCUGUCCGUGAGCUGCAGCCUCGUCCUGCAGACCGACGAUGACAGCCAGGCGACGCAGAUCCAAGACGAUGAUGAGGAAAGGGUGGGGCCACUUGGGGUUGACAGCACAGACUCCGCCCCCACAAACCGCCACAAGAUGUCCAACAGUAACGGCACCUCCAAAGAACCACCAUCUGCUUCUCCAACAAAGCGCCUGUCACAGCCCGAUGUCGACUCAAAGACGGUCAAUAUAGCCGACAGGGCGGAGCUGAACAGCUGUGUGAUGGAGACGCCCUCUGACUCCGCCUCCUCACUGUCUGUUAUCUCUCAGACAACACCGAGGACCACGGUGAAUGUAUGCGGACAAAACUCACUUCAGAAAAAUAAAAAUAGCCUGAAUGUAGAGGAGGAGGUGGAGUUGUCAGUAGGGGAGGAGCUGGAGAGUGUGACGGCGGCCACAUCAGGGGGCGGGACCUCAGGUUUGGCUCUGGCUCUGUCUCAGAGUCAGCUGGAUGAAAGUGUUGUCAUGGUUACAGACAGUGACAGAGACUCGCAGAAAGAGGCAAACACUUCACAGCCAAUCAGACGCAAAGGCUCCGCCUCCACUAACGGACAUCACACCAAAGAAGGAAACAAAGCUUUUUAUAGGCUGAGCCAGACUGAGAGGGCGGGGCCUGACGCAGAAGGCACAAAGGAUAAAAGCCUGGACAGUUCAGGAGAGAUUUCCUUCCACUUCACUCUUCCAAAAGAGGGUGAGCUGAUUGGUCCGGCCAUGAGUGCCACGCCCCCUUUGAUCAGUCAGCUGAAGCAGACACUCAGACACAGCACUCCCAUUGAACUCAACUCUUUCUCGGACAAACCUGACGCGGCGGCCGGCGUCUCCAAUACCAGUGACAUCGUCUCUGGAGAGAGUGGCGAGGACUCAGCAGAAAGGGCUGAUGGGAAGUUGAGUCUGCGGAUGAAGCUGGUGACUCCGGUGGAGGAGGGUAGCUCGGAGCGCUUCAGUCUGCAGAAGCCCACGCUGGCGGAGGAAGACAGCUCUGUCGUCACGGUGACCACUGUUGCCAAGGCGGUAGCCAGUCCAUCUGUGUUCAGUCGAGUUCGUCAGGUUCAUCGACAGCAGGAGGAUGGAACGACUGCAGAGAACCACACACCUGUCAGCAGGGCAGUGCUGUUCACCUCAUCACCUGCGUGUAACAGCCUCCCGAACAGCCAAUCAGAGCCCUCACAACAGGGGGUGGGGUCUGCGUCCCAAGGGACCCACAGAGGCCCCGCCUCUAGUCCGGGUCAAACCAAGGACAGACAGGGUCCGGAAAACCCAGACCCAAAGACCCAGAGCCAGACUGAACCCGGACAGAAGGUUUCCCAUCAGGCCUGUGAUGGCUCCGCCCCCAGUCCAUCCAAGCCCCAUCAGCGGCCCAUUUCCCAUCAGCCCCCUGUGGACAUCCAGCGCUCCCCGUCCUUCAGAAGAACCACUGGUCCCGCCCACCGCAGGCAUGUACGCACCAUCCAGGAAGUGCGGACCACCGUGACCCGGAUCAUCACCGACGUGUACUACGAGGACGGCCGGGAGGUGGAGCGCAAGGUCACCGAGGAGAGCGAGGAGCCUGUGGUGGACUGUCAGGUGCUGGACAGCGACGUGUCUCCAUGUCAAACAGGAAGUAGCUCAUUGGCAUCUGGCGACCUGGCAGACAUCAGCUCCCUGUCGUCCAAGGCGUUCAGUCUUCAACACAGCUCCGGGGGGAUGAGCGGCAGCAGCUCUGGAGGACGCCUCGCCGCCGACUUCAUCCUACCACCGAGCCGACUGAAGGCCAGCAGUCCCAGGAGGGGAGGCGGGCAGCCACAGAGGGGUCAUAGGGGUCAAAGGGCGGGGCUAGCAGUGGCAAAGGGCAGAGGUCAGGGUGCCGCGGGGUCCCGGGCCCCAGCCCCGGCCCCGGCCCCGCUGAGCCCCAGAGGAGGCGGAGCCAGGAGGGGCCGGCCCCCGUCCCGUCCCUCGUCCCUGUCCAGGGGGGGCGGAGUCAGUGUAGUGCCAAGGGUCGGAGGUCAUCUUCACUCCUCCUCAGAGGAUGAGCGUUUCUCCUCCGCGCUCCUCCCUCGCCUCCCUGUUAGCCCCGCCCACGGAGGCUCCGCCCACUCCGACUCCCUCAGGUCAUUGCCCGAGGAGGCGAGUUCGGCCGGGUCCAGCUUUGUGGGUCUGCGGGUCGUCGCCAAGUGGUCGUCUAACGGGUACUUCUACUCCGGACGUAUCAUCAAGGAUGCCGGUGAGGGGAGGUUCAGGCUGCGCUUUGACGAUGGCUACGAAUGCGAGGUGGCAGGAAAAGACAUCCUGCUGUGUGACCCCAUCCCCCUGGAGACAGAGGUGACGGCGCUGCUUGAGGACGAGUACUUCAGCACAGGUGUGGUGAAGGGCCAUAAGACCGAGGGCCAGGACCUGUUCUACCAUGUGGAGCGAGGAGACCAGAGGCAGUGGUACAACCGGACCUCUGUCAUCCUGUCUCUGGACCAGGGGAACCGACUCCGUGAGCAGCACAGCCUCGGACCCUAUGAACCUGCCACACCGCUCGCCAAGGCGUCCGACAUCAGCCUGGAUAACCUGGUGGAGGGGAAGAGGCGGCGCCGAGGAGCCCCCGACACGCCCACCCGGACCUCCUCCUCAUCCUCCAGCCCCAGGACCCCUGGACCCUCCGGAAAGAGGAGGCUAAUGAGUCCGGAAGCCAACAGGACGGGCCGGACUCCGCCCAAAAGGGGACGGCGAGGAGGACACAGAUCGGCCCAGCGUCUCGGCGUCUGUAACACCUCGGGCAGUGGGACGGACGGCGCUGGCCCGUCACAUGACCCGGCUGACACCCACGGCCCGCUGCCGCCCAACGCAUCCCUGUUCAUGGGCUUUGCCUUCAUGUUGACGGCGUCUUCAGAGAGCGAUCGGCUGACGAACCGGCCAAGUAGCGACGGCGACGAGGGCGAAGACGAUUACGUCCAGACCGGGCCGUACAAUAAAACGUACACAGAGGCUCAGCUUCAGGCGGGAGGAGGCUUCGUCCUGCCAGACUUCAACGAAGAGCAGUGUAAAGCGGCCUAUCAGAGCCUCCUGAUUGCUGACCAACACUGUCGGACCAGGAAGUACCUGCUGUGUGUGGCGAGCGGCGUCCCCUGCGUCUCGCACAUGUGGGUUCGAGACUGUUGUAAAGAGAACAAGCUGCUGAACUACAGGAACUACCUGCUGCCUGCAGGGGCGGGGCCCGACGGCGCCAUCGUGGAGUGGCACCCGCGCAGCAGCCCAUUCAAGGCCCUGAAGGUCCUGCUGGUCUUCCAGGAACCACCAGAGCUCUGGGCGCAGCUCAUCACCUUAGGGGGCGGAGCCACGGUCCGACAGCUGCACCCCGACAAGGACGGAUCAGACCUUCCAUCUGGAAAGUUUGACGUUGUGGUAACGGACGCCAACUGCCCGCCGUCGCUGGAGAUGGCGGUGACAUCACAGGAAGUGCCGUUGGUGUCUCCUGAGUGGCUGAUCCAAAGUCUGAUCUGCGGCGAGCGUUUGGGUUUCCACAGCAGGCCUCAGUACCGCCACGACUUCACCUCGUAGGCGGAGCCUGGGCGUGGCCGUGGUGCAUGCUAUGCUGUACAUAUGUGACCUGUCUGUUUUUAUCCCAUAAUAAACACUGAGUCGGGCUCA